ACUUAAAAUAUUCCGCUGUAGUACUGAAUAAAAAUGUAGUUAUGAAAAUUUUAAAACAAACGAGUUAUAAAUAUAGUAAAAAUAAGAUCGCUUAUUCAUCAUGAAGACGUUUAAGAGAAGAAUUUAGUGGUGGGUCAUCUUGUGCUCUUAUCUAGUGUGUGUUGAUCAGAGGUGGUGGCCGACAGAUUCACUGCAGUAGCAUCACAACAGAUGACAGCGCAUCAUGCGAAACCCCUCGAUUAGCUGGUCAUUAUAUGAGAUUAUUAAGGACCUAGUUCUUCCGUUGUUCUCAAUACUGCCGGUAUCAAGGGAAUGGUGAUGAGGAUGGUAAAAAGGAAGAGGAAGAAUUCCAUUUACGGACAUUGAUGGGGCAAUCCUUUUGUCACUAAUGUAUGCACAGGAAAGUUAAACAUCUUUGGCCAGUUCUCAAUCUCAGCUGUGAUACCUUAUGGACUACAGAGUUCAGAGAGACAAGAGCAGAGCCAGCUACUUUGGAGAUGUUAAGAACAGACUGGGAACAAAGCUGCCUGCUGGAAUUUCGCUGCUCCCUGACUUUGUUACUGCUCCAUGUUCCAUUGGUGCUCAGGGUGUGUUGGAGAAGAGUGUUGGGGAGGACUAUAUCAAAGGACAUCACCAAAUACGUAACCCCAAACUGAGAGAGUACUAUCUACAGGCUCCCGAGGUCGUGAAUCAGUGUAUCGUGUACACAGGUUCGGGCACUGAGACAGUGUUUCCUGCUGAAGUUCCAACUACAAAGACUUUGGAGUCUUGCAGAAACAAUAAACACGAGAUUAUUCCAGGUGCAACAGUGUACAGUGUGGCAUCUCAGCUUGCUGAGCCUCCCCUUCUCAACCUCACUGGCCCAAAGUUACCCAAGAACAAGGCCUCAUCUUCUAUGCCAACUGACUCAAGGCGGGAACACAACCUCGAUUCUUCAGUUGACGGCGCCAUUGGGGGAACAUUGGCUCUUGUGUCCCCCUCUUCAGAUGCGGAAUAUGACAAGCUGUUGGAUGUGGAGGCUGUGCCUUUAUCUGAUGGAAAGGUGUGUUUAUUGGCUCUCCCAUUUGAAUGUGGUCAGGGGGAGGGACCAGCAGACAUGUCUUGCCUAAGACUGGUCUCACGUUAUAUCACAGAUAGAAAGGGUGUGGUAUCUGGGAUAUUUCUGGUGACGUCCAGCAAGAUCUUCUUUGACCCUCAAAAGAGUCAUCCACUCGUGCAGGAGAAUGGCUGUGAAGAAUAUGUGUUCUCCUGCUCUCUGGAUGAUCUUGCUUCAGUGUCUUUCUACACAGACAUCUCUCACAUUCACUUCAACAAGACCACACACAGAUGUCAAAGUUGUAAGACACCCAGGAGCAAAUUUUACACCCAGAGCCAAAACCAAACCAAAUGGAACUUCCAUAAGUCGUCUAUAGAGGCAGUUCCCUCUCCAGAGUCCUCUGGCUUUCGCAAUCUGGUAGCAACUAUGGGGUUAAAGGCUGAGGAGAAAGAGGAGGAAGAUGGGGACAUGGAUAAAGGUUACUGUACUGCUACAUCAAAUAGUGGUACAGUCGGAUCUCUUAUGUUUGUGAGAAUUCGAUGGAAACAGCAGCAUGGGAAGAGAAGGGCUUUGCAUAAAUCUAAAAUCACCACCAGAGACACCUGGUUCACCAUGCAACAAGAAAGUUCAGACAAGCUGUACGCUUACCUGAGCCAGCAUCGGCCAGACCUGUGCAUCCUGGAGGGAGGUGGGGAGGACGAAGCAGAUAGAGAUGAUGAAGAUUUUGUGCUUCUGGAUGAGGAGGAGGAAAAGGAAGAGGACGUAUCUCCGAGAGAAGGAUGGGUGGGGGAGGACUGGGAGAUGGUGACAGUGGAGGAGAGUAGACCAAGAGCUUCUAUUUCUACUGAACCAGAAGGUCUAAGUGACAUACUGAACCAGAGUGUGAUACUGGAUCCUCAGCAAAUUAAAGAGAUCUCGAGAAAUCUGCCUCCACGUACAAUAGGACACACGUGGCAUCUGUCUUACAGCACAGACAAACAUGGGGCAAGCCUGAAGACUCUCUACAGGAAACUGAGCACCACAGACUCACCUGUGUUGAUUCUCAUCAAGGACCACAACCAGCAGGUUUUUGGGAGCUUCCUCUCACAUCCACUGCAUCCUAGUGAGGCUUUUUACGGGACAGGAGAGACCUUCCUGUUUCUGUCGCAUCCUCGCUUUAAGUGUUUCCGCUGGACUGGAGAGAAUUCCUUCUUCAUCAAAGGAGAUUUGGACUCAUUUGCCAUUGGUGGAGGAAGUGGUCACUUUGGUCUGUGGGUGGAUGAAAGGUUGUAUUUUGGCAGAAGCAGCCCUUGUUUCACUUUUAAUAACUGCAGCCUGUCCGAGACCAAUGACUUUACCAUUCUUGAGCUUGAGGCAUGGACAUUCGGUUGACAUACCGUACUGUAAAUAACUUAAAAUACCAUGAUUUAGUGGAAAAUGUGGCCAUUAAGGAAUAACUAAUUUAUUGAGGAGACUGAACCUUCACAGGUAUCAGGUUGCAGACUGUGUGAAAAGCAAUUAUUCUGCCUGAAGGUUUGCCAAAGGAAGAGGUGGAUAAAAGCUCACUGUACUUAACAUCUCACCACUGUAAUGAAGAAAACCGCUUUGAUCUUGUGAUUAAGAUGCAGUUGUGUAGAGUCCAGCAGUUCUGCCUACAUUUUCAAAAUUAGCUUAACUGUCUGAAUGCACUUGUGUUCUUUGUACAAGAAAUAAUGUUAAAAUUCUUGGACAAUAUUCAGGAUUUGUACUUUGUGGUACUAGUGACAAAGAACGUAUUCUGAUAAGAAGCGAAACUCAAUAGAGAAUUCCAUUGCAACACCAGUGCCCAGCAGCAGCCCUUUGUCAUUUUGGGGUGAAAGCGACUCGGCAGUCCAGUAGCUUCGUGCUGUUGCUAUGGCAUUAUCAGCUGAAAUCCUACCUGGGGUGUGUUUGGCGAAAGCAACUAUGGUCGCAAGUUCUGUCGUUACCAAUAGAGUUCAGUAGGUUAGCAAACAAUGCUUUCGGGAAACACACCCCAGAACGUUGACAUUCAAAACACAGAAUAAAGUACAAUCACUAGAGUGAGCAUCAAAUCCUUUAAUUAUAUUAAUCUCUUAUCUUACAAACUUCUUUUUUUUAACAAAAACUUUGCUCCCUAGAAACCAUGCUAGUUUCCGUUUAAAUUCAUUUAAAGUGCUAGUUCACCCAAAAAUGAAAAUUGUCAUCAUUUACUGACCCUCAUGUUUUUUAAAUAGGGUAUUUUCAUAAAUGAUAAUUUGUAAGCACACAGUAGACUGUACCCAUUGACUUCCAUAGUAUUUGUUAUUCCUACUAUAGAUAGAAGUCAAUGGGUACAGUCUACUGUGUGCCACCGUACCCCUUUGAUAUUAGCUGUGUCCCCCUCCGAAGUUCACAAAGAGAACUAAAAUGACACAGUCUAGCCCUCAGAGGAGUUAUUUCAUUAAAUAUGACACAUUGAUGUAGAUUAAACUUACCAACAGAAUAUCAAAUAAAUCAAAAUAUAAGCAACAUUCACAAAAUAAUGUUAAUACAAAAAAUUACUUCUAAAACUAAAACAGUGACAAGAAACGUUUUUCUUCUAAAUAUACAGUUUUAUUUAAAAAAGUUUUUAAAUGUUAAUUUUAAAAUAUUCAGCUGUUAUACUCAGCCACUACAGGCGCGCAAUGAAUCUCGUGAUUGCCGAGGCUGUGAAGGAUUCAUUUGUUCUAUCCUUUACAGCCCGGAGAAAGAAGGAUGCAUUUUGAGGUUGCAUUGUAAGCAGCCUUAGGCUGCGUCCGAAAUCUCUAAAAUGCUGCCUUCGGAGGCAGCAUUCCAAGGCUGGAAGCCAUUGAGGCACGUCCGAAUCCAAUGUUUGCUUUACUUAAUGACUCCAGAGAUACCUUCAUUGUCUUGUUUCACAAUUUUAUACGUGGAUGUGCGCGGGGUAUGUGAUUGGUCGAGACUAGCCAUGGGCCGGUAUAAGAUUCUGGGGGUGUGAUAACCUUAAGCAAAAAUACCACGGUUUUACAGUGUUGCGGUAUUGCCAUUCCAACCUAAAAUGUGUUAUUUUUAAAUGCAAAAUCAAGCCUUUAAAAUUAUAAUAUGCUUUUAUGUAUAUUAAAUGUAAACACAUUAAUUACAUGACUUAAAGGAACACGCCCCCAUUUGGGGAAUUUAGCUUAUUCACCGUAUCCCCCAGAGUUAGA